AAUGCGUGAUGUCAAAAGCUCGUAUUUAUAAAUAAACUUUUUCCUAAUUAAUUUUGUAAGUGAAAUUAUUACUAUUUAAGCUGUUUUUUAAAUAGUAAUAUUCAAGUGAAGGAGUACAAUUUGUCUCCGAAACGAAAUACUAUUUCGUUAAACAAAUUGCCAUCAAAAAUAUGUCGAAUCACUACGAUAUUCCCUCAUGGGCUGGUAAGCCACCGACCGGGCUACAUCUGGACGUGAUGAAGGACGAUAAACUCAUCCAGAAGCUAAUGAUCGAUGAGAAGAAAUGCUACCUUUUCGGAAGAAACCCGCAGAUGAAUGAUUUUUGCAUCGAUCAUGCCUCCUGUUCCAGGGUUCACGCGGCUUUCGUAUAUCACAAACACCUGAACAUUGCCUACCUGGUGGAUCUGGGUUCGACUCAUGGGACCUUCAUCGGGUCGGUUCGGCUGGAAGCGCACAAACCUACCCAGCUGCAGAUCAACAGCAUCUUUCACUUUGGUGCCUCGACGCGGCACUACAUGCUGCGGGAACGGCCCCAGGUUGGCUCCCGUUCCAACAUCAUGGAAGACCUCCCGAUGAUGGAUACCAGCGAUGGAACGUAUCUUGGGCUUCCGGAAAGUCAGACGGAUUUGGAUAAUUUGACCGAAUACAAUACGGCUCACAAUAGAAGAAUUUCAAUGCUUGGAAUUCCGGAUGAAUCUAGCAGUUUUAAAAAGAACAUGAAAAAUAAACGCAAACGAAAGGGAGUUCAGUUUAACGAAGACGAAAUCAUUAUCAAUCCCGAGGAUAUUGAUCCAAGCAUCGGACGGUUCCGCAAUCUUAUCCAGUCCACUGUAGUCCCGGUGGCGGCUAAGCGAGCCAAAAUGGAGCACACCAAUAGCAUGGGAUUCUCAACUUCUCCAUCGGCCAGUAAAAUCUUGCAACAUCCCCACCACAGCUUGGCCAACAACCUUUACCACGGCAUUGACGAUCAUCAGGGUGCCGACGGGCGUAACAACUCAAUGGGAUACCCCAUGGACGCCACCCCGAGCGGACUAACCACCAAGCUGGGCAUCAUUCUGCCCAACCCGGCACCCGAUGUCAAUCCGGUCAGUAGUGUGGCUUCCAGCUCCUCGAUCAUGCCACCGCCCAUGUUCAACAGCAUGGCACCGAAGAAUGUUAAAAUCAUAGAGAAACCGGACCUCUCGGACGAACCCAAGAAGAAGAAGUACGCCAAAGAACAGUGGCCCGGCCGAAAACCUUUGGGGCUCGGUGGAUUUUAAGCGUUUUAAGCAGAUAAGUAUUUCAUUCAUCUAUUAUCAUAAAAGGUAGCAAUUAGCACCGGUGUGUCUACUCGAAACUACUUCCACAUGUGGAAGAGUAAAUGUGACCAUGGACGCAACAUUAGAGUAACGUAUAUAAUUUGAUGUCUAUCCACUUGUAUACUUUAGGGGAUGAAUAAGCCGUACACGCUUAAAAUCCCGGAAAAAUGUAUGCUUUAGAUGUGUGAAAAGUGAACAACUUUCAUACAAACGCGUAAGCGAAUUUCAACACAACUAAUCGAUAUGCAUUUUGAUUGAUGUUUCAUUGAUUUGAGUAUCCAUGUUUGGAGAAAGCUUUGAUAUAGAGUUCUUGAUAAAAUGUUCAAUCAUGGAAUACAAACUAAUAGAAUAGUUUUCUG